CCUAUAGACAAAAAUUUAGAGACAUAUGUGUCAAAAUUCAUUAAGACGUUUAAGCUUUUCGAUUGAAAUCCUCCAUUUUGAUCAAAAAUUUUGUUAACAGAACCAGUGUCGCCCCUGAAAUAGAAUUUUUUGAUACAUAGACCCACUCCCACGCGUGGAUAACAUUACUCUCCUUCUGAGGCAGCCGAGUAAAAUAUAAGUAUCACAAUCAGUUUUAUCAUAUGUCCAAAAUAAAUAAAAAACCGAACAGUGAGGAUUAUUGAAAAACAACUGGACAUAUAUUUUCCAACGAAGCUUUUGCUUGUCUAUUAAACAAUAAUCUCUUCCUGAACAUAUUGUCACGCUCAGGCUGCAUCUUCUUAACAAUCCACGUCGCAAAAACAACCGCAUAUCGUCAUUUGUCACGGCACUCUAGACAUCACUCGCGUGCGAAGGCACCUUCUGUUCUCUUCAGUGUAAUCAAAGUCGGCUCGUGAGCAACAUGGUGCUGUACCAACGAAACAGAAACUGAAGAUGCUCGGAUUGAAAAGGACGAAACGAGGAUGCCAGACUAAGAUGAUAGCGAGAGUCCUUCUUCUUCAUGCGGUUUUGGUUGGACAGGUUUAUGGUAAUUGGGACAUUGAUGCUAGAAUUGUGCAGGGUUCAAAUGCAGACCUAGGGGAGGCACUUCAGUUCCUAAAGGAAUACGAUGCCGAAGCAUCAGAUAUGUGUUUUAGAGUAAGUACAGCCCAAUGGAAGUACGCAACAAACAUGACUGAGGCGAACAAAAGGAAAAUGAUGGAAGAACAAGCACUUAAGGCUAAAUUCGACAAGCUAACAUGGAGGAAAGCUAUCACUUUCGACUGGACUAGAAUUCCUGAUGUUGAAGUCAAGAGGCAAUUGAGGAUGUUGACGACAAAUACUAGGGCUAGCUUGACUGAUGAUAAAUUCAAUGAGCUGCAUCAGUUGAUAUCAGAAAUGAAAGAAAUCUACGCACAUGUACGGGUAUGUCCAUACGCAUUCAAUGGAGAAAAACCGAUGUUCUGCGAUUUGGAGCUGUCAGAUGUUCAAAAAAUUAUGGCAAGUUCCAGAAGCCACUUUGAACUGCUUCAUAUUUGGAAAGAGUGGCAUGACAAGGUUGGAACACCAAUGAAAAACAGGUUCAUUCGAUAUAUACAACUGACUAAUCAGGCAGCUAGGAUAAAUGGUUUUUUGGACGCUGGAGAAGAAAUGAGGUUUGCAUACGAAGAUAGAGACUUUGAUAACGACUUGGCAAUUUCCCUCCAAAAAAUCCAACCCCUGUACAAAGAGCUAUUAGCUUACGUUAGACGUAAACUCAUAGACACAUAUGGUCCAAAAGUUGUAAGACCUGAAGGCUCUUUGCCAGCUCAUAUUCUAGGCAACAUUUGGGCGCAAGAUUGGAGCAAUAUUCCUGAUAUUGUUUUGCCUUAUGCGAAUUUUAGGAACUUUGACGUUACUGGGGAAAUGUUGAAGCAGGGAUUCACACCUUUGCAAAUGUUUCAAAUGGCGGAAGAAUUCUUCACAUCUUUGGGCUUGAAACCCAUGCCCCCAGAAUUUUGGAGACAUUCAAUGUUAGAAAAACCAAAUGGUAGACGAGUGCAGUGUACUGCUAGUGCUUGGGAUUUCUGUAACAGAGUUGACUUCAGAAUAAAGCAGUGCACAGAAGUUGAUAUGAAAAAUUUGAUAACAGUUCAUCAUGAAAUGGCUCAUAUUCAGUAUUAUAUGUACUAUGCAGAUCUGCCGCAUUUAUAUAGAGAUGGGGCAAACCCAGUUCUGAUACUUCUCAGGUUUUCACGAAGGCGUCGCAAAUGCUGUAAUACUUUCGGUGUUCAACCCUGUGCAUUUCCGAAGAGUUGGACUUUUUGAAAAUAAUACGGAUUUAUACGAGUUGAAUAUUAAUUUUUUGAUGUUGAUGGCUUUGAGAAAAGUUGCCUAUGCACCUUUCGCUUACAUUAUAGACCAGUGGAGAUACGAACUCUCGGAAUCCGGUACAACAAAAAUGAACUCCUUAUGGUGGGAUCUGCGCCAAACCAAUCAAGGCAUAGUACCACCAGUUCCCAGAACCGAUUACCAUCUAGACGCAGCUUCUAAGCGCCAUAUACCUGCCGACGUGCCUUAUACCAAGUACUACGUUGCUCUACUUUUAGAGUUUCAGAUACACGAAGCAAUGUGUAGGGCUGCGAGGUUUGAAGGACCUUUACAUGAGUGUGACGUUUAUAGGUCUAGAGAAGCUGGAAGGGUUUUGAUAGACAUUCUUCGAAAUGGCAAAUCUCGCCACUGGCGUGACGUCAUUAGAGCCCUAACCCGUGGUGAGACCGACAAAAUUUCUCCCGAUAGCAUGCUGAGGUACUUCGACCCUUUACUACGUUGGCUAAAAUCGCAAAACAGAAGGGAAAGGGUAAUUGGCUGGACGACCUUCAAGGAAGACAAAGCACUUUUCGAGCCCUUGGUCUUAUCGGGCGCUAGAAGAUCUGUGAGGAGCAUUUUCAUUGUUUUUGUAUUUGCGAUAACUGUAACGUAUAAUAGCUUAGAGUAAGUUUUAAGCUAUAUAUAGAUAAACUAUACAGGGUGUUCAUUUGAACACGGAUUUAUCGAAAACCACUGAUUAAGAGAAAAAACUCCGAAACACGUCAAAAGAUUUGUCAAGAGGGAUAACUUUUUAACCAGAAACUACUUCACCUUCCGCCCCCAGGGUCAUUACCUUAAAUAUGUUAAGUGACAAGUGGUAUCGGGUAAUCGCUUGUUUGAAAGGUCUUUCGAAGUCCUUUAUUUAGAAGUUUGAUCUUUUAAAAUCGGUCGAUUCGUUUCCAGGGAGAUCAGAAAAAGCUUUAUCUGAAUUUAUUCAAUUAUAAAACAAAAACACACGAAAAUAUCACUUUUUAUUUCAAUAAGUGUUCAAAGUGUUGCCCGUUAUUGGCCAAACAAUAAUAUAGGCGAUGUUCAAAUUCCUGACGGACAUUUCCAAAAACAUGUUGUGUGAUAUCAUGGCAGCUUUCGAUGAUGGGUUGACGAAGUUCAACCAAACUUUCAGGUUGGAAAGUAAACACAAUAGAUUUCAAAUAGCCCCAGAGAAAAAAGUCUAAUGGUGUCAAAUCAGGAGAUCUAGCAGGCGAUUCUAUAGGCCCUCUUAGCUCUCUGCAUUUAAGUAUCUUGAAACUUGUCGUCUAGCCAUUGCCGAACCGGAAAAACACUGAGGAGGAGCCUCAUCAAGUAUAGGUUUUCCAUCCUCUUCGAUUUGGAUGGUUUCAGUGAUAAGUGGAUUGAUGAUAUUUUCCAACAUAGCCAAAUAAAUGUCUCCAUUGAAAUUUCCAGUAAUAAACAAUGGCCCAAUCACUUUGUUUCCGAAAAGCCUGC